GCUGCUCAUUGGUGGAUUUCGAAUGUUUGAGGGAGAGGGAGGGAGACCCAGGGAGACACACAACACGGACCACCUCUGCUGCCUCCCUGCCCGCUCCUCGCCCUCUCUCUCGCUCCCACACCUCUCUCCCACCCUUAUAUUCUCACCAUGGCCUCGACAAGCAACGUUGAAAACCUGUCGCCUCAAAUUUUGAGAGGAGUUAUGAAGGAAAUGAAAGAGCUAGUCAAGGGUCCACCAGAGGGCAUCAAAGUUCACAUGAAUGAUGAAGACAUUACAGACAUCCAGGCAACUAUAGCAGGGCCUGCUGGUACACCAUAUGCUGGGGGAAUGUUUAGAGUAAAGUUGGCUCUUGGUAAGGACUUCCCAAAUGUUCCCCCAAAGGGCUACUUCCUCACAAAGAUCUUUCAUCCCAAUGUUGCAUCAAAUGGCGAGAUCUGUGUCAACACGUUAAAGAAAGAUUGGAAAGCUGACCUGGGAAUUAGGCAUGUGCUACUGGUAAUAAAGUGUCUGCUGAUUGUACCAAAUGCAGAGUCUGCUUUAAAUGAGGAGGCAGGAAAGCUGCUGUUGGAAGCCUAUGAUGAUUAUGCUGCUAGAGCCAAGAUGAUAACUGAAAUCCAUGCACAGGGUCCUAAAGUGUGUAAAGGUGAAUCCAGUGGAGAAGGAACAAGUCAAGAUGGGCCCCAGGCAAAGAAACACGCUUCAGACAAGAAGAUCACAGCUGAUCGUAAAAAAGUGUUAAAAGACAAAAAACGAACAUUAAAGAGAUUAUGAAUUUAACAAAUUAUACAGUGUCAUUGUCACCUUGAAGUGCAAACCUUUCUUGGUAUCUUACUGAUAUCUUCCCCUUCUCGUGUGUCUAACUUGGAUUCUCAAGUUUUGUAAGGCAGGAGACUUCGCAAAUGAGUUAGCCACCACUUGCUGUGUUAAUACUUGACACCUUAUACCCAUAUUUUUUUACACAUAUUUUGGCUAUUUUCAUGUGUUGUCAAAUUAUUUUACGUAGUAUCUGAAUGAAAUUCUACUUUUAUAAACAAACCAAACUUCUCUUUUAUGGUAAAGUUUUAAUGAUUCAGCAGUAAGAUUGCUUUUACUCCUGUGGAACAAUCAAUGAGUUUAAGUGGGGGUUUUGUGUGUGACAAAGAACCCCAGAUAAAUCCCCUUGAAAGUAUAUGAUGUAAAGCAUCAUAUUAUAUAUUUGUAUAAAUAUAUCUGAUAUUCAGAUUUAUGGCAUGAAUAAAUUGCUGACAAUAUUAAAUAGUCUUUCCGUAGGUUAAGUAAUGCUAAGAAUCUUUGUAUUUAAAUCGCCUUUUUUUAUGCACAAGGUUAAUUUUUAAAUAAUCUUGCGCUCGUGUGUUAAUGCAUUUUUUUAUUUAUGCCUGUCGAGGGACUGUAAAUUCAUAGUGUAUAAAUCAUUGAUAUGAGGGGCUUUAGGGUGAACGUAUGCUGCUAAAAAGAAUAAAUGCCAGUUUUAUUUUUAAAUUUCAAAGUUUUUCUUCACACUUUAGCUUAUUGCAAUUGUAAGAAGUAGGUAUGGGCAAAUCUGUCGGUUCCUAAUUUAUCUUGUAUAUUUGUUAUCAAUAACUUGUAAAAUAUACAGGUUCCGUUAAAGACUUUGAAAUUUUAAGAAAUGCUGGGGCUCUGUCUGGAAGGUAUUUAAGUACAUACUAUUGAUUUUAGUGUUGGAACAGGAAGGGAAAUAAGCUUAAAUAAAAUGAAGGUACAGGAUCAUGGUAAAGGAUAAGAUCUGAUAAUUGUUUAUAAAAAGGCAAUAAAUAUUCUUUCAAC